UGAAUGGUUUUAUAUUUAAUUAGGAAAGAUCACAUAAUUAGGCGUUUUAAUGGCAAAUGUAAAAGUAACAAACUAACUUGCAACUGUAGCACAACUUGCUAGUUGCUAUGCUAGGAACAUUAAAUAUGAAUUAUUUCUUAAUAAGAUUAUAAUUAUAAUUCCCUUAUCAAUCACAUCACACUUUCUUUAACAGUGUUCACUGAUUGAUCAUUGAUAUCUAAUCCUAAUGGUUCUACUAAAAGACACUAAUCAGCUGGUUAUUCAAAAGUUCUUUCAAAUGAUCAAAAAAACUAAUGCUGCAGCUGUAAAUUUUAGCAGUGUAAUCCACCAAUUCUUUAAAAUGCUCAUACUAAAACAUCUUAGAUUUACACUAUUAAUCAUAACAAUACUGAUAACCUACACAAUAUUAAUUUUUCAUCCUAAUCUCUCCAAACAUGUAUACAUACAAAAUCCUGAUAUAGUUGACUCGAAGGAAUUGUUGAGAACAUGCAUUAACUUGGCAGUUAGGGCCGGUUAUUUUAUAGUAAGAAUCAAAGAUCUUAACAAUUUUAACCAAUCAACGAUAGUUAAAGGUAAAACUAAGGAAGGUGCCGACGAAAAAAUGACACUGGCAGAUUUGAUAUCGCACUUGAUCAUCACAGAAGGCCUGAAAAGUUCAUUCCCCUUGUUAAAAUUAGUCUCUGAAGAACACGAUGACAGCAAUGAAAGUUUAAACCAUCUACUCGACAGGACAUCUUUAUCAGAUAUCAAUCAAAAGAUAGUUAAUAAUGAUACUAAUUAUUAUCAAAAUUUUGAUACUAAUGAUGAUAUUGAUGAUGAUACUGAUGAUGAGAAGCUAGAUAGUGUAAAGGGCUUUGUUAAUCUGACAGAUGCAGUUGCCUGGAUUGAUCCGCUUGAUGCUACUCAAGAGUUUACUGAGAAUCUUUUCAAUUACGUAACUGUGAUGAUAUGCUUGGCUGUAGAAGGUAGGCCAGUCAUUGGUGUUGUGUACAAGCCUUUCUCUGAACAGCUAUACUGGUCAUACAUAGACUCAGAGGGGCGAGGACACCUGUCGUGGCAUACCCCAGAGUACGAUGGGCAUGACCGGGCCGACCCGACCUUCAUAAUUUCAAGGUCACACAGUGGUAAUGUCCUAGCUAAACUUAACAAAAUUUUUGGGAAACGUUACCGGCAUGUUUUGGCUGGUGGAGCUGGUUACAAAACCCUGGCGAUAAUUGACAGGGAAGCAGAUGCCUACAUCCACGUGACUGCUAUUAAAAAGUGGGACAUUUGCGCCCCCGACGCCCUCAUAACUGCUUCCGGGGGUAAAAUGACGACCUUGAAAGGUCAAAUCAUCAAUUAUUCAUCAGCCAACCAGGUUUUAAAUAGAGACGGAUUGUUAGUAACAGGGAGUAAUGUAGGGGGGGUUAUAAUACAUAACAAGCUUUUGGAGAAAUUUUAAUUUUCUUUUAAUUGAUCAAUUAAUUAAUUAAUUGAUUAAUUAUUUAUUAAUUAAUUAAUCAAUCAAUCGAUGAUUGAUUGGUUGGUUGAUUGAUUGGUUGAUUGGUUUGAUUGAUUGAUUGAUUGAUUGAUUGAUUGAUUGAUUGAUUGAUUGAUUGAUUGAUUGAUUGAUUUGCUUAACCAUUGUUUAUUUACUUCAUGCGUUUGGUUUAGCUGUUCUUUUAUAACCUUUUUGUGGGAAUUUUCGUGUCUCAUGUGCUUUGUGUAUUUUUCUUUCAUAAUUUGUUUUGUUAAAUAUCUAUCCGUUCAGUUUUUACUAAACUCGUCAUAAUUAUAUUUUACUAUAUUAAAUAUUACUUUAUAUUGAAAUUUCUUAUAUUACAAAUAAUUAUUUAUUAUGAAUAAAAUGUUAUUUUAUAUAUAAUAUAUAUAUGUAUAUAUAUAUAUAUAUAUAUAUAUAUAUGUAUAUGUAUAUAUAUACAGGCAGAUUUCACAGUUCAUGAAUUUAUAAGCCACCUACUCGGUCAAUUUCGGCGUGAAUAUCUCAUGAUAUGCGAUAUAUAGGCAAGGAAGUUAAUACCAAAGUACCGUUAUCACCGAUAAUGUAUCGGUUACGGUUCCGGUAUUCGAGUAUCGCCCUUGUAUUAGUAUUGCCGGCAAUAUUUUCAAAAACGAUCAUUGGAUUUGGUAUCGACAAUACACUUCAAAGCCGGUAUUUGCAUCGGUAUUGGCUAUACAUAUUUAGAGUAUCAUUUAGAGUAUCGUUAAAAAUCCUGAAGAUAACGCACUGUGUUAAUCAUAUUAGUACCAUUUAUGUUGUCGUUGUGGCAUGCGUUAUAUAUCCAUAUAUGUAUAUUUCAAUUCCUAGUACCGUGUAUCGUUUGUGUUAUACCAGAUUGGAAGAUUGAAAACAGCGGUAAUUGUAUGUUAUUGACGUUGUGCUUACUAAACAUUAUUAUUGUUGUUAUUAUUAUUAUUCUAUUUUAUUAUUUUUAUGGUGGCCGAUAGUUUGAUAUGUCAUAUUGUUAGACCUUACAUUCCAUUUAAUGAGGAUAAUUGAAAAUUAUAGCAUUAUUACUGCUUAUGCAAUUGUAUUUUCGUAUUUUUUGGUAUGUGCUACUAUAUGGUGUGUGGUUAAGUCUUGGAUAGGAAGUUAUCAGACGAAUAAAUUAUAUUCCCU